AGCUGACGGCAUGUGGACAAGGGAUUGUUAUGCGUAGACCGUCUUCAGAGAGCAGUGCUCAAUUCUGAGGAUGUCGUGCAGGCGGCUGUGAGGCCAGAGGGACGGGGUUUUCCAUCAGCCUGAGGAUACAUCAGCGAAGCAGGUGAUACAGAGUAGGAUAUGUGAUUUUCACGAGCGAUGACAGUCUAGAGGGAUAGAACUGCAUAUAUUCGUGCUGUGCCUGUAGUCAAAUCGAGUGCAUUGUUAGUAUGCAACUGCCGUGGCACUAGCUAAGUUUGUCUUAUUGGCCACACGGUGUUAGUGCGCACCUUGAAUGUAUGCAGAAUCCCACGACAAGCGGAAAAACAGAGGAUAAGAAGCGCGUAUGGUGACUGUCCAUACUACGUCAUCAUUGCUGGUGGUAAAGAUUGCAUAAUGCGUGUGUUCUGGGGGAUUGAGGGUAAGAGAGGUGACGAGGAUGACCUUCCGCAAACUUGGUGUCCGGACGCAUGUGAUACGAACAUGACACAAGCAUGGAUCUUAUGUCUGACUGAAACAAUGUGCAGUCAGCACGGCUGCCGCACGCUAGAUAUCUACUGGCACAUAUCUAGAUUAGCUCGAUAAUAACAUGCGGGAGAAGAUGAUGCUUGAGUGGGAGAUCGGGUCAGUGACAAAUAUCCGACAGAUCGAUGACAAUUGAGGAGUGAGGUUG